AGUUUCUUAGGGAUGGAAAGUUGCCACUCCUACCUGGCCAUUCAUUGCAGUUUCAAAACUUACUCAAGGUAAUGGUUGAACGGGAUCCAGCUCGACGUCCUUCAGCCAAAGAAAUAGUAGAAAAUCCAAUUUUUGACGAGAUUCAGAGAAAAAUGUCCAGCUCGAGGCCUGACUCUCAAGGGAAACAGGGUUGUUGGUGAUCAAGUCCCUUCUUAAAUUAUGCACCAAAUUUUGUCAUGAUGGUGCGGGUUUUGUAAAGUUUGGCUUCAAGAACUGUUAUUUUGUGACUGAAAGACAGUGGCACGUUUCUAUCAUUCCUUAGUCCUCCCCUUUUUUUCCGUAUAACUUGACCAUUUAAAUCUUUAACUCAGUUAAUCUAGCUGUAAUUUACCAAAAAUAAUAAUAAUAAUAAUAAUAAUCUUGCUAU